UUUCGGCUCCACUGUCAAAACUUUGCUUUGGAGAACCAACAAGUACAAAUGUGUUCAUUGUCGGAUAGAAUAUAUUAACAAAACAAAAAGCAAUGUGAUUGAACUAAACUGUUCACAAAGUAGCUAAUUAUUAUUCUUUUGCAUAGUGUAUGGUCUAUAUUUAAUACACUAUGAAACCUCAAAAAUCACCUGAAAAUGAAGAAGUGACGCCGUCCAAGAAAAAGCUGAAGCAGGCUCGGCUUCCAUUCAAGCUUUUAAGUGAAGAAUCACCUAAAACUGAUGUUGUACAGACAAGAAAGAGAAAACUAUCGGUGCCGGAUCCGCAACCAGUUACAAAAGUUGGUAAAAUAACAAAAGAAAAUGAAAUAACAAAUGAUUUAGUAGUGAUAAGUGAUGAUGAUAGUAAGGAUGCUGAAGGAAAAAAAGUGGAGAAUAACACGAAAAAUCUCAAUCCAUUUGUUAAAUUAGUGGAUACCGCGUGGAAAAAGAAACUUCAGAAAUCAAAAACGUCUAGAAAGAAGAAAAGUACAUUAAAUAAUAAUGUUACGGGAGUUUCUAAUGACAAAAAUGAAAGUUACACAUCCAACGAUGUAGUUAAUAAUAUAAGCACUACUUCUCAGUCUGAAAUUACUACAGACAUCGAAAAUAUGGAUGUUGAUGAGCCCGUAGAUGAAAGUCUUAGUAAAAAUACAGAACCAUCUGAAGAAGUAGAAAAAUCAAAGACAAACGGAACGUCUGACGAACUGAAAAAUGCAAAAUUAGAUGGUAGUGAAAAUAAACAGGAUAUAUCAUUAGAGCAAUCUAAUGAUAUAACAAUUAUUGAAGCUGGAAGUGAUGAUGAUGUUGAAAGUGUAAAUAGUAAUAAUGAUAAAGAAAAAAAUGAAGCACACAGCGAAUUAGAAAAUAGUGAAAUUGAAUGUAAUACAAAUUCUACUAAAGAUAUGUCUGUAGGUACAGAUAAGGAAAAAAGUCCUGUAACACCCAGAAGAACUACUAGAAAUAAGGUCAAUAAUAGCAACAAGAGCCUAAAUACUUCUCAAAUAAGUACAAGUGAUGAUGUUGGUUCUAAUCCUAAUACUCCUAAACGUGCCACCAGAAGCUCAUCUGUGAUUGCAAGUGAAGGGGAUGUCUCGUUAAAUGAAUCUGCAAACACAAAUCUCACUCCCAAACAGGCUCAAAAGAAAUUGGAAUCUGCUAAAAAGAAAGAGGAAAGAGAGAAGAAAAGGCAACUAGAAAAAGAAGAGAGAGCUAGAAUAAAACAAGAAAAGGAAGAACAAAAGAAAAAAGAAAGAGAAGAAAAGGAGGAUGCCAGAAAACGAGAGAAGGAAGAAAAAGAGGAGCAGAAGAGAAAAGAAAGAGAAGAGAAGGAAAAACAAAAAGAAUUAGAGAAAAAACUCAAAGAAGAAAAAGAGGAACAAAAACGAAAGGAAAGAGAAGAAAAGGAAGAGCAAAGAAAGAAAGAGAAGGAAGCACGCGAGGAAGAAAAAAGAAAGAAACAAGAGGCUUUGGAAUUGGAAAAGCAAGAGCAAGAGCAAAAGAAGAAAAAGGCAGCAGAGGCAUUUGUGAGCUUUUUUGUUCCAAAACAGAAAUCGGAAAAAGAUCAAACGACAAUUGGUUUAAGCAAAAAUGAUAUGUUAUCAAACUUUACUAUUAAAGCAGAUAUGAGAUUAGCACCAGCUGUUCGCGUUACUUUAGCUGACAAUAAGAAAAAAGCAUUAGAUAAUUUCCUACAGAUGCAAAAUGUUAAAGAUCUGUAUAUAAAGAAUAUCAAAAAUGGUGAUAUAAAACCAUUAAGUAGUGGUAAGACAUGGCCAUUGGAUGAGAAAGAUGAUGAUGUUAUGAUAAUUGAAGACGAGUUGCCUCCAAUAGAUGGUGCUGGUGAAGUCCUGGAUUGCGACUCGGUAGUUAGAGAAAAAUUAAGACCCAAACUACUGAGUUUCCAUGAAAACCGACGUCCACCUUACUGGGGAACAUGGAGAAAGAAAAGUGUGCAUAUAAAUCCCAGACAGCCAUUUAAAAUGGAUGAGAAGCAACUUGACUAUGAAGUGGAUAGUGAUGAAGAAUGGGAGGAGGAGGAGGGGGAGAGCAUAGACGGGAGUGCUGCUGGCAGCGACAAUGAAGAGGGUCCAGAUGAGUAUGAGGUGGACAAUGAGGUGUUUGUGCCUCAUGGAUACUUGAGUGAUGAGGAAGCAACUAUGGAUGAUGACGACGUAUUGUCUCUCUCGCCAGAAACACAAAAAGCAAGACUGAAAAAUUUAGAAGAUGAGUUCGAAUCGGAAAUGAAAAAACCGACAGAAAAAUUAAAACCUAGACUGUAUGGUCUAUUGUGGGAAACGGCUGACGGCGGGAAGCCGGAAAACUGUGUCGAUGCUCUAUGGAAUUACUUUAGCAAGAUGGCUAUGAUUAUGAAUGAUCCGACUCCUUUCUUGCAACCAUCGUCCGAAACCGAAGGCGCUGAGAAAAAGAAAGUUAAAAAGAAAAAAGUGCCCACGGAUGCUGAACAAAAGAGUCCAAACGCUGAGAAAAAGAAAAAACCGAAAGCCGAAUCUAAAGAAAACAAAACGAAAAAUGAAAAACAAGAAAAGAACCAAAUGGGUAUUAACGCGUUUUUGACUAAAUUAAAGACUACGUGAAUUGAAACUCCAUUAUUAGUUCAAAUAUUUUAUUAUUAUACUGUUUAAGUUAAGCUUUAUAAAUAAAUGUGCAUACAUGCCUUAUUUAUCUUUCUACUAAACUGUUGUGAAUCUUUUUGAUGAAGAUUUAACUUAUUAUUAAGCUGGAUAAAAAUUAUUAUAAUUAAUGGCGUAUCAACCUAUAUUAAAUACAAUAUAUAAUAAUUAUUACUACAGUACAUGAGUAAGAUUUCAAGAAGUAUGCUGUCAAAGUUUUUUACAAAGUUUCAAAUAUGAAUGUACAUCCUGGUUAAAUUGACAUUUGUACCUUAAUUACUUAAUAAUUUGACAAAAUUGUAAAUAAAUAUAUUUUAUAAAUU